AUGGGACCCAGAAACAAAACAGGUGUUCCAGAAUUUCUCCUUCUGGAAGUGACAGAGGAUCCAGAACUGCAGCCUCUCCUUUUCAUGGUGUUUCUGUCCGUGUACACGGUCACCAUCCUGGGAAACCUCCUCAUCAUCCUGACUGUUGCCUCUGACUCCCAGCUGCACAACCCCAUGUACUUCUUACUUUCCAAUUUGUCCUUUGCUGACAUUUGCUUAAGCACAACCACCAUCCCGAAGAUGCUAGUGAACAUUCGAGCACAGAGUCAGGGCAUCACUUAUGCAGGCUGUCUCACGCAAGUCUAUUUCGUCUUGGUUUUUGCCAGUUUGGAAAGCUUUCUUCUUGCAAUCAUGGCCUACGACCGCUACGUAGCCAUCUGUCACCCACUCAGGUACAACGUCAUCAUGAGCCCCUGCUUCUGCGGCCUGCUGGUCCUGGGCUCCCUGAGCCUGAGCGUCACCGACGCCCUCCUCCACAGCCUGCUGGUGCUGCCACUGGCCUUCUGUGCACGCGUGGAAAUCCCCCUUUUCUUCUGCGAAGUGGUUCAGGUCAUCAAACUAGCCUGUUCUGACACCCUCAUCAACAACAUCCUAAUCUAUCUUGCAACUGGCGUAUGUGGGGGUAUUCCUCUGUGCGGGAUUGUUUUUUCUUAUACUCAAAUAGUGUCCUCUGUUCUGAGGAUCCCCUCAGCGGAUGGAAAGUAUAAAGUUUUUUCCACCUGCGGGUCUCACCUCUCCGUGGUGUCCCUGUUCUAUGGGACAGGCCUGGGGGUCUACAUUAGUUCUGCCCUGACUAAUUCUUCCAGAAACACGGCAGUGGCUUCCAUGAUCUACACUGUCAUCCCCCAAAUGAUGAACCCUUUCAUCUACAGCCUGAGGAACAGGGACAUGAAAGGAGCCUUGAGAAAACUGAUCAAUAAGAAGCUAUUGGUUUUUCAGGAGGGUGUUUAA